AUGAAAGAGAUGAAUGAGCGGUUGUCGAUCAUACAGCAAUUCAAUGAGGGUAGAUGCCGGAUUUUGAUUACAUGUCGCAUCGGACUGUCGGGUAUAUGUCUGCAUGGCGUCAAUAGUGUCAUUCUAGAUAGACCACCCGAGCGGUGGGCCGAUUUUCUCGCCGCAGUCCGUAAGGCUGGUCUCAUUGCGGCUGGUAAAGCUUAUGUGAUAUUGGACAGUACCGAUCACGCUGAGGUUGAGCGAUUCCAAGCUAUCAUGACCAACUUCUAUCAGAUCGAAAGGGGCGCAGUUGGUGUUGAAAAGAUUGACAAAUCAGGCCGACAUUCCUUUGGACCCAAAGCUCCGACGACCAAAAUCGUUUCGAAAAAGCGCAAGAGUUCAUGGAGAAGUACGACGGCAAACUAUUCGAAGGCCGAACCUUACUCCUUGGCUUCUGUGGUGACCAGCCUGCUCGAGAGCCACGUCAUCCUGCCAGCGCUCAAGUCCCUAAACCAGCUACACAGUCGCAAGAGCCAGGCAAACAUGUCCGUCCUGUUGACUCUCGGCCACAUCCUCAAAACCGCCGUGGCCCUCGUUGGUCGCCAUUUCCCCGUACGCAGGGGGCCGUAG